GACCAACUUCCAUCCUGCAUCAUCACCGCGCUGUUCAUUUCGGAAGCCGACAUUUCCUUAGGCGAUUGAAAAUUUCUCUAUCAGAUUCCUUCGCUGAGUAAGAAAUUUGUGAAACACCGCUGAUUCAAUCAGUGCUCGCUGUCCCCCCUUGAGCGUUGACUAGGACUUUCAUGGCCCCCCAGCUCGUUUGGUUGAUCACAGGAACCACUUCUGGCCUCGGUCGACGGCUCGUGACAUCCGUUUUAGCUCGCGGUGACCGUGUGAUAGCCACCGCGCGAUCCCUAGAAAAAUUGCAAGCUCUUCACCCUUCCAGGGACUCUGAAAAUCUCCUCCUCGUUCAGCUAGACGUCACAGCGGGAUCCGAUACCGUCAAAACCGUGAUCGAUGACGCCGUUUUGAGAUGGGGCAAGAUCGAUGUACUUGUGAACAACGCUGGCUCGGGGUACCUUGGACUCGUAGAGGAGAGUGGAACGAAGAUGAUGAGGGAGCAGUUUGAAACGAACGUUUUUGCUGUCGUCGAUGUCACCAACGCUGUCCUCCCUCACAUGAGGGCACAAAAGCAAGGAACAAUAGUCGUCAUCGGCAGUCGUUCUGUAUGGAGGGCAGAGACUGUGGGUCUCGGAACGUACGCAGCAUCCAAAGCAGCAAUUCAUGCUAUAGCCGAGUCUCUCAUCCCCGAAGUAGCGCCGUUUAACAUCCGCGUGCUCGUCGUCGCACCAGGCGCCUUUCGCACAGAAGGAAUGUAUUCGAUCCCCUUCAACGUCAAGAAUCCUAUCUCGGACUACGAUGAUAUUCGUACCUCUUCUAUCGCGCGCUUCGGUUCUGUCCCGGGGACCGAACCUGGUGACCCUGUGAAAGCGAUGGAAACACUGGUGGAUACGGUAAGAGGCGAAGGUUCAGCAGAAGGGAAAGCUUGGCCUACUUGGUUAUUGUUGGGGCAAGAUGCGGAGAAGGACCUGCGGACCAAGUGGGAUAAGUUGAGGACUACGUUGGAGGAAUGGGGAAGUGUUGUUCGAGGCGUUUGGUUUUGAUGAUAAAAACGAGACUUGCAAGUCCCUCCCGAAAUACUCGUCAGAAUUUGUAGUCUAAAAUAAACAUGAAUCUAUUCUCCAU